AGGAUGUGCAGUGAAAUGCAAAGUGGCAGUGCUCACAAGAUUGUGCAGAAACACGUGUCAUUAAGAGGAAAACUACAACAUUUAAGAUUGUACAACUGCUACAGCGCCCCGUUGUUCUCUCUGUGUGGAUGAUGGCUUGUGGGCUACAAAGGAGGAGGCAGUGGCGCACAAGUCCCGCCUGUAUUCCCCUCUGGAGGAGUCUCAGUGUCUGAGCUCCAGACUGGGGAUUGGUGCGGCUGCUUGUCAGUAAAUGAUCCCACCCUCCACAUGCAUGAGGAGGGGAAACCGAGCCAGACAGUGACGGAUCUGAUCCUGCAGCCUGUCACACCAGCACUUCCACAAAUAAGCUUUUCCGACGCUGUGGACACCUGGAUGGAUGGAGAGAUGGAUGGAGAGAUGCAGCCUGCAGAUGAAGGACCGUGCGCCCAGAAGAUGUGCCGACAACAACAGCAACAGCAGCAGCGAGGUCCGUUCAGCAGCCUGAAAACCUUCCAGAGCAGCAAACGCUCUGCAGCCAAGUCUCGCUUUGACAGGUCGGCUAUGGUCGAGGUGCCUCUGUUUGGAGACGGACAUCACUUCACUUUCCAUCCAGAGCAGCAUUACCAUUUCCAGGCGCACCAUCACAACCAACACCACCAGCGUCUGCAGCAGCUCCACCAGUCCAGCAGCCAGCAGCUCCACCUGUCCAGCAGCCAGCAGCAUCACCCGACGCCUCAGCAGCAGGAUCGUUUCCCAUGUGAGAACAGGCCCAGCAGCAGGGUCCCGACAUCCACCUCGGCGGCGGUGGCAUCAUCUCCUGGUACCCAGCAGAGGCGCUCCAUCAGCGGCAGAGCAGAGCCCAGGUUCUCCCCAGACUGCACCUAUGGUAUCAGCUCAGAGAAUCGUCUCAUCCUGGAUGCCUUCGCCCAGCAGUGUAGCCGAGUCCUCAGCCUCCUCAACAACGGCCGCCUCCUGGAGCCCCCCUCUUCCUCCACCUCCUCCUCCUUCACCUCCAACAUCAAGCUGGAAGACGUGCCAGGAGAGGCACAGCGGCUUCACUGCUCCUCACUGGGGAAGACCAAACCUGAAGAGAGCUCCUCCACCACCACAGACCCAGAGGAGGAGGCCCAACAAAGCCAUUUGAACCAACAACAGACCUCUGCCGUGCUCCGCAUCUUCACAGACUCCCUACAGAACUAUCUGCUCUCAGGGCCUCAGCAGCAGCAGCAACAUCUGGCUGCCGGUCUGGAGGAUGAGCAGUGUCCGUCGGCGGAGCCCGGCUCAGGGGUGUCUCCUCCAAGACACAACCUGGGAGGCUGGGGCUCGCCGACUCCGUCAGAGUCCUACGGCCACCCGUCGUCCACGCUGCCUGAGGAGGAUGAGGAGGAGGAGAACUGCUGUCCACGCUGCCUGGAGCUGGAGCAGGAGGUGCUGUCUCUGCAGCAGGAGAACGAGGAGCUCCGCAACAAGCUGGAGAAUUUCCCAGUUCCUUGUCAAAAUGUCCUCGACUACUUCAAGACCGUCCUUGAGUUUCACAACCAGCUGGUCCAGCCGAUGCCAGAGGAGCAGCUCACCGAGGAAGAAGAACGGCAAACAGUGUUUGAGGGCAGUAAGCAGCUCCUGGAGAACUACCCUCUCUUCAUCUCUAACAAGCAGUGGGACGAAGCCGUCAACUCCUCCAAGAAAGACGGCAGGCGGCUGCUGCGCUACCUGAUUCGCUUCGUCUUCACCACGGACGAGCUCAAGUUCUCCUGCGGUUUGGGCAAAAGGAAGCGUUCAGUCCACUCAGGAGAUCCUGGCCUGGAGAGACGACCGCUCAACCCUGUCAAAGUCAGCUGCCUCAGAGAGUUCAUCCGGAUGCACUGUGCCUCAAACCCAGACUGGUGGAUGCCGUCAGAGGAGCAGAUCAACAAAGUGUUCAGCGACGCCGUCGGUCACGCUCGCCAGGGUCGAGCAGUCGGCACGUUCCUGGGCAGCAGCGACAGCAGCACCAGCAGCCUCUAUAUCGACGGCUUUGACGGACACCUGUCACAGGACGAACUGUAUCUGAAAGGCUGCCAGAACGGCCAGUCGGACUGAAGUCAGAGGUGAAGUUAAAGACAAAUGCCGGAAAUGUAGCUGUACAACAACAUAUCCCAAAACACUGACCUUAAACCUGUCACUUUACACAGUGAAGAAAACAUUCCAGUUUAUCAGACAGAAUAUAACUACAGUCUCUCUUAAGCAGUUUGAAUAGUUUUUAGCUCUUUUGCCAUUUUUAUACCUACAAUUUUGUUUAGUCAAAAGUUUAAACUUUUAAAAUUUGAGUCUUCCAUUUGCUACUUUUUCUAUAGUUUGAUGUUUUGAGCACUUAUAUUUUGGGCUGGAGUCCCAGUGAUUUAUUUUCACAAUUUACAUGCAUACCUGAAGGUCAUCAGGAAGCUAUUUGUGUUAUUGUUACCCAGGUUAGAGACUUAUUAUCACUGACACUGCGCUACUCCAUCACGGAAAUUAAUAUUUUUCUGCCAGAUUCGGCGUCAUUGGCGAAGCACCUUUACUUGCAACCCUUCAACAGGAGUGCCUCUGAGAAAGUCACGUUUUGUUACCUGUAGUCUUGCACUUUGCAUCACCCAUUUCUUAAUUUGAAUCAAUUCUGAUGUGUCAAGUUUUAAAAAAGAAAAGUGCACUCAAAGUCUUUCCAAUGUGCGUAAAUGCAGCUUCCCUUAAGGUGAAAGAUGGUCAAUGCUGAUUUCAGAAUAUGCAAUUGAAAAAAAUAAAUGUGUGUCACAUUGCA